AUAAUAUGUCACUUUCCGCGUGCCACAAAGUAAACAAACAUUAUACGGAUUACCUGCUGAAAAUCCCGAAAAUCCGUUUUACUUCUACAGAAUUUAAUAGUGUCGGAAUAAAGUUGUAGAUGUUUUCGUUCCUCCGUGGCAUCGUUAUUAAACCCGCCUAUAGCUCUGUAGUCAAACUUGUUAUUAAUCGGCAAAUUUCUGUCUCUAAAACUCGACCACUUUCAUUCAUAGCCCAGAUGGCCGAAGCGGUAGAGCAAAAAAUUGUCGAAGAUAAAGGCAGAAGUGAGGAACGUUCCCGUCAGAAACGACAACAGUACGAUGCGAAAACGCGGUACAACGGUGCUAUCAAGAAGCGAAAAUGGGAGGAUCCUCCAGCCGAUCCGGAAGCUGUCAAGAAUUUCGAUCCGGCAUCACGGGUUAAAAAACGUAAAUGCGUUAUUAUCAUGGGAUAUUCCGGUGUAGAUUAUCAAGGGAUGCAGCGAAAUCCGGGAACGAAAACUAUCGAGGAAGAUCUGCUAGCAGCGAUGCUAAAAAACGGUUGGAUCAGUGAUGAAGCGUUCAACCAACCGCAACAAAUACAAUUCCAACGAGCGGCUCGAACAGAUAAAGGUGUUUCCGCGGCCACGCAAGUAGUUUCAAUAAAACUUCCAGAAAACUUAGAUAUAGAUACGCUGAACAAAGAUUUACCAGAACAGAUUAAAGUUUUUGCCGUUAAACGUGUAACGAAAGGCUUCAAUUCAAAGUCCAAUUGUGACGCAAGGACUUAUACCUAUACCCUUCCAACAGUAGCGUUUGCUUUGAAUGAUGAAAAACUAGACAUUCACACUUAUAAGCUUCCCGAAGAACGGCUUCAGAAAGUGAACGAAACGCUGAAACUCUUCGAAGGCACUAAAAAUUUCCACAAUUUCACGAGUCGCAAAGAAUAUAUCGAUCCGUCGUCUAAGCGAUUCAUCAUGUCUUUUGAAUGCGAAGAUCCCUUCAUUCCAGAGGGAAGCACCAUAGAAUUUGCCACGAUCAAAAUCAAAGGGCAGAGUUUUAUGCUUCAUCAAAUUCGUAAAAUGGUUGGCUUGACGUUGGCUGUGGUUCGUGGAUUGACCCCGGCCGAAACGAUUUUGAAUGCCUUCGGAGAAGAAAGAUAUGGAUUUCCUACUGCUCCGGGGCUCGGCUUAGUGUUGAGUCGAAUCCAUUACGAGAAGUACAACAAUCGUUAUGGAGAGGACGGCUGCCAUGAAGCGUUGGAUUUCCAGAAAGAGGACGAGGUGAUUCAGGAGUUUUUCAGAAAGCAUAUCGCCUCAACGAUCGUUGAAUCGGAGUUGAAGACCAACUCUAUGCUUGAGUGGUUGGAAACACUACCAAUGCACAGCUAUGCACCACGAGAAGAAUCGGACCAGAGGGAGUGCAAAAGUAAAGAUAAAAAUGUUGACGACGAUGACGAUGAGUGAGUUUCACGAGGGAAAUGCGGAAUGUUAUUUCACGUCAAGGAAAAAAAAGAAAACAAAAUAUACAUCUCAGGUUUUGUAAAAAGAUG